AAUCAUCUGUUCAGCAUGUUAAUAUUGAUAAAUACAAAGAAAAUCUUAUUUAUAUGGUGAAUUUGAUUAAAAAUCCUGUUUCUCCUUAUUAUAAUCCGGAAACAAAAAUUCUACUUAUUACUCCCCCACCUCUGGAUGAAAAUUCUUGGGAAGAAACUUGCGCUUCUAGAGGUGAAAGUAUGAAUAGGAAGGCUGAUAUCACUAAAAAGUACGCUGAAAUUUGUGUUGAAACUGCCUCGGAAUUAAAUGUUCCUGUUGUAAAUCUAUGGAAAAUUAUAAAUGAUCAUGUGACGGUGAAGGAUUAUUUAUCUGACGGUUUACAUUUAAGUUCUCUUGGAAAUAAGACUUUGUUUGUUUCAGCUAUGGAUGUUAUUAAAAAUAAUUGGCCAGAUAUAGCUCCUGAAAAUGUUAAAGAACUCCUUCCAGCCUGGAGAAAUGUCGACACUAAAAAUCUUGAAUCAUCUUUGAAACUUAGCAAUUUCGUACCUUAUAACUUUGAAUAA